UCCUGCUGGGUCUCCAGACAAUUAUAAAAAUGUGUCCCCCGGGGUUAGUGUUCCAACAGCCUCACCUCCAGCAUCCAGCUGCUUCUCUCACUGCCAGUCCAGCAUGUGUCCUUCGCGUUGCCUCCUGUUUUUGGCUACCCUUCUCCUCCUAAUCCACUUCAGCUUGGCCAGGGCCACACCUGUCUCCCGUCCUGCCAAGUGUCUUGACCACUCCCAAAACCUGCUGAAUACCACCAAACACAUGCUGGAGAAGGCCACAAAAACUUUGAAAGAUUAUUCCUGCUCUGCUGAAGACAUUGAUCAUGAAGACAUCACAGUGGACCAAACCAGCACACUGCAGGCCUGCCUACCACUGGAACUUGCCAAGAACGAGAGUUGUCUGGCUUCUAGAGAGACUUCUUCCAUAACAAGAGGGAGCUGCCUGCCCCCACAAAACUCUUCUCUGAUGAUGACCCUGUGCCUCAGUGGCAUCUAUGAGGACUUGAAGAUGUACCGGGCAGAGUUCAAGGCCAUCAAUGCGGAGCUUUUGGAUCACAAUCAGAAGCAGAUUGUUCUGGAUGAGAAUAUGCUGACAGCCAUUGAUGAGCUGGUGCAGUCUCUGAAUCUCAAUGGUGAGCCUCUGCCCCAGACGCCUUCCCCGGAAGGAGCAGACCCGUACAGGGUGAAGAUGAAGCUCUGCAUUCUCCUCCACGCUUUCCACAUCCGCACCGUGACCAUCAGCAGAGUGAUGAGCUAUCUGAAUUCCUCCUGAAAAGCGCAAGCCCCUCCCCCUUCAUGCCCUUCUUACAGACAUAUGAACCAAUGAAAUUUUAAUAACAGGCAGGUAAAGAAUCAGGAAGUCUUGGCCUGUCUAAACAUAAGCUUCUGUCGUAGUCUCAUAGCCCCGUGGAGGUGGCACACCU